GUCGUAAUAACUUAAAUUAUACCUUUAUCUCAAUAGGUGCCUCUUCCAAAACGAGAUGUAUUCCCAGACUCUGUCAUAGAGGAGUCUUGGUUCAGUUCUGACAUGUUUAUAACUGUUUGGACCUCACUCCUCUCUUUAGCCCCCCUCUCUCGCACGCUGCGCUGCACCGCCUGUUGCCUUGGUACCGUUUCCAUGGCAACAGCCAUGUGCACUCGUAUCUUGGUGUAGGACGUCUGGUACCGGAUCCCCUUCUCCUUCAGUCCUGCUUUAAUUGGCCCAUAUGCCUUAAUUGCGUCUUUCCUUGAUGUCCAUUAGUCAUUAUAGUAGUUGUCAAAGUAAAGUCGUUUGCCGUCAAGUUCAACUCUGCUGCCAGGCUUUCUGAAGGAGCAGCUCUUUAAUAUGAAACUGUAGAGAGUUGACUAUUAUUGAUUAUUGAUUAUUGACUAUUAUUGAUAGUGUUGGUCGCUGCCGGCUUCAGGACCAGAGCCCUGCUGUGAGCCCUGCUGGAUCUGGAGUCCCUCCCUCAGGAUGUUAUGUUGCUGGGAUUGAAUGAAACAUCAACAGUUUAUCAGCGCUGGACACACAUUUCACUCCUCCUCGCCAUAAUGGACAGCAUGGACGCUCCAUCUCACCCGUCACAAGACGACAAGCAGCUUUCCUGAUUCAAGCUUCCUGUUGGUUUCACAAGGCAGCUUGUCUUGACAGUUAACAGUAAACAGCUCUUGGCUUAAGAUGGUCAUUGCCAACCACAACUGCAGUGAAGAUUUCCAGAUAUACCAGCACAAUGUGUACGCAGUGGUGUACAGUGUGAUCUUAGCGCCGGGCCUGCUGGGUAACGUGCUGGCACUCUGGAUGUUCAAGGUUUAUAUCAGUGAAACCAAGAAAGCUGUGGUGUUCAUGAUGAACCUGGCUGUGGCCGACCUGCUGCAGGUGCUCUCUCUGCCUCUACGGAUCUACUACUACCUGAACAACACCUGGCCCUUUGGCCACCCUCUCUGCAUUAUCUGCUUCUACCUGAAGUACGUCAACAUGUACGCCUCCAUCUUCUUCCUGGUGUGUGUGAGCGUGCGUCGCUGUGUGCUCAUCAAGCAUCCGCUGAGGUACAACUCAUCCAGGCGGAGAGGGGAUUGGUUUAUAAGUGCCCUCGGCUGGCUGCUGGUCUGCUUGUGCUGCCUGCCCUUCCCUCUGCUGAGGAAGUUCAGCGGUGAACCAGACUCGAGUCUCGUCACCUCGGAGGCUGGCGUAACUUACCUGGUGUGCUUCUCAGACCUGCCCAUGAGGCAUGUGAGUAUCCCAGUAGCCGGGGCCCUCCUGAUCCUGGCAGAGCUGCUGGGCUUCAUCAUCCCCCUCGUCCUGGUGUUAGCCUGCACCUGUCUGACUGCAGGGAGCCUCCGGGAGCCUCCGACGGGGGCGAUUGCUGACCGGGGGGAGAAGCGUAGGGCGUUGAGGAUGGUGCUAAGCUGUGCUGCGGUCUUCCUAGUGUGCUUCGCUCCUUACCACAUCACCAUGCCCCUAGACUUCCUGGUCAAAGCCAACGUCCUGCGCAACUGCGCCGCCAGGGACCUGAUUCUGCGAUGUCACCCCGUCACUCUCUGCCUGGCCAGCCUGAACUGCAGCCUGGACCCGCUCAUGUACUAUUUCACAACGAAUGAAUUCAAGAGGCGACUGAGCAAGCCGGAGAUACCAGAGAGCCUGACUUUGACCAGGCGUCGUCUGUCAUGUAUAACUGGAAGAGUGAACACAGUGGAGGACUAGAGUAAAGCCAGUCUCUCUAAGCUCUCUUGUUGAAGAACCAACAACCACUAAGCCCCGAGAUAAAGACUCCCUCACCUAACGAAAUAUAGUUUACAUGCAAACUAGUACAUGAAAACAUGGGAGUAAGUUUCAAAAUGUCAUUUUUUUUCUAUUUAUAUUUCAAUAAAAGGUGUGUCUGUUCUUUCUAA